UGUGUCUUGCACAACAUACAAAUCUUUCCUCACCACCAGACAAUGAAUGAACCGCAAGUACUGCAGGUGUGAAGUAAACGAGGACCUGAACCAAGACUAAGAAAGAAAAAAAAUAUCUCUAUUUUACACUCUUAUAUUAAACAGCCUUACAAAAAGACACACAGAGAGAUAGAUAGAUAGAGAGAGAGAGUACUGUCAAUCAAAUCUUUGCACAAACUCUCUCUCAAGUCUCUCUCUGUUACCUUCAUGAUUUCAGGGCCUCCUUCUUCUAUCUGCUCAGACCAAGAUUUGAUUCCUUUCCCAUAUUUUACUUUCUCUACAAAAGUCUCAUUUUUACCUUCUCCUCAGAAAAAUUCUGACUCUCUCCUUCUGUUCAAACUCUCUGUCCCCUGAAAUGGUACAUGCUUUCAAGGGCUGGGGCUGGUUUUGAUUGAAUUGAAGUGUAAUUGAAAUGGAUGGUGAUAUUUUUUCAAGCAUAGGAAGUACAGCACAAGUAGAUGGUAAGGUUUUGCAGACAUUUCAGAAGAGCUUUGGGCAAGUCCAGCACAUUUUAGACCAGAACAGGUUGCUAAUCAAUGAGAUUAACCAGAAUCAUGAAUCGAAAAUCCCCGAUAACUUGAGCCGAAAUGUGGGAUUGAUUAGAGAGCUUAAUAACAAUAUUAGAAGGGUGGUUGAUCUCUAUGCUGAUCUUUCAAGCUCAGUUACCAAAUCAGUGGAUGUUUCAUCAGAAGCAGACUCAGGUGGGAGUUUCAAAUCCAAUGGAAAAGCCAGCCAGAAGAGAAUUAGAUCCGGGUAAUUGAUCUAAUGAAGAUUUCUUUCGUAUAGAUUCUGCACACUUUCAUUGUGGAAUAAGAAUGAGUAUUUUAGUACCAGAAGCAAAGGAUUUGAUGAUAUUGUGUAACGCUUCCUAUGUUAGUUAUAAUGUAUUUGAGGCCUUUUGCUUCUGUUUAAUUCUCACAGUUUCCAUUGAAAUAACAUUUUUUUACAAAAUUGUUAUUUUAAUUCUGUGUGACUAUGGUAACUUAUUGGGAAUCAAACAGGCUUCUGUUAUUAAAAAUCUUCAAGUUUGAGGUCUGUAAUAAUAAAUGCUGGAUAGUUCUAUAUUCCUUUA